AUGCCAACCCAAACUAGGAGCCACAGCCGAGAAGAUUCUCUCCCUUCAGUUCCUGAUUCUGAUUUUAGCGGUACAAUCUCCCGCAAUCGUCGCUCUUUUGCUGCAUUAGCCCAAAAGACCUCCAACGCACUUGCUACUUUGUCUGGAAGUACACUACGUUCCUCGACUUCUUACGGUAGCCUGUCGAGACCGCAUAAGCUCUCCGCAACCCCUGUGACCCCACCAUUCGACAGCGACACCUACGUGCAAUUGACGGGAACUUCGCGACCUUCUUCUCCGGCCUUGGUCGACAAUCCUCCCAAUUCGCUUCUAAAGCGUCGCUUGACCAUUCAGCGUCUUCCUACACUCCCCAACGAAACCCGCUCUUCCCCGCCCGUACCCAAAAUGCACCAGACGUCGUCAAGGUUAUUGCGCAUGACGGAGGAUGAGCGCCCAUUCACCAAGGAUUUCAUGGACUUGUUCUCCACAUUGAUGGUCAGCUUGAAGUUGGAUUCGCAUCGCGUUCGUUUCACAAGAUAUGACCACACAUUCACCUCAGAAGAGGCCAUCAACAACUUGGGCUCGCUCAAGUUCUCUCAGUCCAACCGCAUGCCCGACCCAAAAGACCCAUCCCGCAUCGUCACGACCACGACGACCACCACUUUCUCCAUGGCCAAGGAAAUGGCCCGAUCCGUUUGCCAGCGGUUUGUCGAUGCGCGCUUCAUUGAAUCUGUCGACGGCAAAGCACUCUUGAUCUUCCCGCUCAAGGGCGCCCUCUUCCAGCUCACUCCGAAGGGUAUCAACAUCCUGCAGCGUUUCUGCCAGCGGAAUGGCAUCACCGCUCGUCACGUGAUGGAUGUACUAGAGUCGCCACGCAACACCAUGCAGCUGGUGAACCUAGAGCGUGACACGGAUAGCGACAAGUUGUCCCAUGAUCGUGCGACGAUCGAGGUUAUCUUCCGUCGCUUUGCUGGUCAGGAUGGCCCGAACAUAAAGAGCAGCAUUUCAACCUCGGAUUCGGACUCGCUUAGUGAUUACACCAAUGGCCUCGUUGGUGUGAAGGUAGCUCGGGAGCGCAAGCUCCUGGAUGGAAAAGUUUAUAGCAACACAUUCACUGGGAAGGCAGCGGUGGACUGGUUGAUGGAUUGUUCAACUACCAUUGAGCGCCGGGAGACCUGCUUGAUCUCUGAGCUAUUCCUGAAGUACGGCCUGAUUACGAUGAUUCAAGACGACAAACAAUUCCCCGAUGUUGGGACCAAUGCUCAUUUCCAGCCUUCCAAGUAUGCCAUUUACGGCAUUACCGAGCGUGGACAGCGUGUAUGUGGAUGGAUUGCCCGCGAGAAAACCCGCGAGGUUGUGCCGACGUACGACAGUCGCGGUAUGCCACGCGACUCCAAUAACGCCCGAUUGACCCAUAUCCUUCAAGAUCCUGCUCUGCGUCUGCUUUUCCGUGAAUUCCUUCGCUACUCGCUGUGUGAAGAGAACCUGUCUUUCUACCUCGAUGUCUCGGAGUUUACUACCAACUACCACAAGGCCGAGAAGAUUGGUACAUUUAACAAGGUUGACUCGGUGCGAGAAACCUUGGCUGCAGCAUAUGGAUUGUACAACGCAUUUUUGGCUCCCGGCUCACCCUGUGAGCUGAACAUCGACCACGCGCUCCGCAACAGCCUCGCCAGCCGCAUGACCAAGGCUGUGGGAGACGACGAGUCCAUGUUCAAGAGUCUCCAAGAAGUGGUGCACCUGUUCGAGCUUGCUCAAACUUCCGUGUUCAAGCUGAUGUCAAGCGACUCUGUCCCCAAGUUCCUGCGCGACCCCAAAUACUCUGUUGUUCUACAAGAACACGAUGUAGACAUCUUGGGAGGCUCGCGUUCAUACUCGCCCACGCCGGCCGGCCCGCCCUCAAUCCCAGAACGCAGCAUGAGCCGUUCCGCCCGCGCCUGA